AUGCGGCCAAACGAGCACAAGCAGCAGCGAGCCAAGCAGUAUCAAAAGACGCAUGCGGAUGCGGCAGCUACCCAUCAGGCCCGUAAAAAGGAUCGUCACUCGGGUGGAAAAGAUGUCCCACCCACUGUUUCUGCGACCAACCUCGAACCAGGGGUUGGGACCAAGCGUCGGCCGGCGCCACAGAACAAGCCUCGCGACUUGCCGCCGGCUCCCGCCUUUGGCGAUCACGGAGUGGAGACUGGUGGAACAUUGACCGUCGCACAGCUCCGUGAGCGUGGCGAGCGCCAAGCCCUUGCUGACCGCUACAACGCGUUUCAUCUUCGGUAUCACGACAUUGAUCCUGCCCUCGAUGUCCUGCGCGACCUACGUCUCGAUGCAGCUACCCGCCUUGGCCUCAACGCCAACCUACUCGCCCAUCCAGACUGGACCUCUGUUCUCCGCGAAUUCACAUUUACUCUGGAUGAGACGCAAAUGUUGCUGACCAGCGCCACCACCCAGGCCCAGCACCUGUCCGGGGCCUCCACUUACGACCCUCAGCCCAUUCAGAUGUCUGCACCCCCGGUAACCAAGCCAGCCCCAGAAGCGGCACGCGUCGAGGCUGCCAGCCCUGUUUCAAGCCAACAAAGCCCCAACAGCGCCUCGCAAGCGCAACGCGCGCAGGUCGAGCCCGCCUCGGACCUGGCCGACGUGGAUGACCAGCUCAACGCCCUCCUGGCACCAGCUACCAGUGAUGCACCCUCCAUUUUGACUUUGAGUGCGCCUGAUCCCCGCCAUACACCAGCUUCAGGCAGAACAAAUGUCCACCAAACCUCCAACCCCCAUCACCACAGCGACGACGACCAGCUGCUUGAUGAGCUCUUGGGAACUGAAUCCACCCAGCAAAGCACCUCACGACAAAGUGGUGUUUCCAAUUCUAACCCCGCAACCAGCACGCCCCCAGCCGUGCGUCAGGCCCCGCCUGCGGUUGAAGAAGACGACCUUGCCUUUCUCGAUUCCCUCAUGUAG